GGCCCCCGUGGAGCCUAGAGUCCCCCAUGGCAUGAGACCUUACAUUAGACAGAGUGGUUUGAAUUUCACCUCUCCUGCCUUGCGGCUGUGUGGCUGUGGAGAAGUCGCUUAACCUCUCUGAAUCUCCAGUCAGAGGAGAAGUGAUGUUAGUAGCCACCUUCUUGGGUUUCUGAGAGGAUGAUCUAAGACCAGCAAAUGCUGAGGAGUCUGGCCUGCUUUCUCUGCAGUUUGAGGCAAUGAGAGACAAGAGUGUCACACAUGUGCCACAGCCCCGGGGAUCCAGAAGCACCUGGCAGCUGAGACACACCCUGGGACGGGUUUGCAGCCUGGGUGGUCAUGUGAGCUUCUCCCGCACCUGUCUCCCGGGGGUUUGAAGCAGAGGUCAGAUGUCACGCUCCCCCGGAGGCUCUGCCUGCCCCUGGUCACACAGACCCGGGCUGAAUGCCAGUGUCGCCUCCCCCUGGCUGUGUCACUUCCUGUUUCCCGGUCUCUGGUGGGUGCCCAGCCACCUGCCUCUCUGCUUCUGGCCCGGCUACCGUGGGGGCCUUCUUAUCUGGGGCCUCAUUGUCUUCUGGGCAUUCGAGGGCUCCCAGCCUUGUCUAGCACUGACCUUCUAGCGUGACCAGAGGAGGGGAUCAGGGGCGAGUGAGGAGGAAUACACCUGACUCCUCAGUGCCUCGGCCAGGCCGGCCGGCCAGGGUUCUCCCCCUCCUUCCAGCCCAGCCCCGCUGAGCCAGGCUGGGGGCCUGAGCACUUGCAGCCCCGAUGCUAAUGGCCAGAUGGCCUCAGUGCCCGCAGGGCCGGGCGGCACCGUGGCCUCCGGCCCGCAGAUGCCUCAGCCUGGCACCAACAGGCCAGCCCGGAGCCAACGGGGCACUGGGGGAGGGGCGGCCGCCAGCCUGUGUGUCUGGGGGCUGAAUGCGUGCUACCGGCCAUGAGAGCAGUGUUUGUCCGGCCACGGGUGCUGUGCAGCGGGGCACGCCCUGAGACUUGUUGGUGUGCGUGAUUGUAUGUGUGCGUGUCUGUGGCAAGUCAACCACGUGCUCCCCUGCGUGGGCCCAGGACAGUGAUGCUUCUGAGCACCCCCUAUGUGCUGUCACUUGGAGCUGAGAAAGGCAGGGAUAGGGAAGGCCCCUGGGCCGGGGUCAGUCAGGGACCUCUCUGGGCACUGAACUCGUGGACCCCCUCCUAGCUACUGCUGGGGACUCAGAGGGCGUGGAGAAGGGGUGUUGGGAGUGGGUGCCCUGGGGCAGAGCCCGUGAGCGUCAGGAGGGUGUCCUCGGGGCCAGGCUGUGUCCCAGACCCUGGGCACGAGACAGCAGCGAACGAAACAGCACACCCCCCGUGUUCCGGUGGCCAGGGAUCUCACAGUGGGAACGGCAGCCAAGCCAACCCCGUGCAUGUCACUGCUGUUAUUACCACCAUUAUCAGGUCACCGGUCGGUGCUUUGGGGUUACGGUGAGGACCUGGGUGAGGUGGUGCGGUCUCCCGAGGGUGCAGGAAGACCUCUGGAGAUGCUCCUGUGGCGUUGAAGCCAAGGGCCGAAGGAGGUGAGGUGUCAGGAGGAUGUCUGGGAGGAACGUCCAGGACAGGCUUGAGGAACAACGUGGAGGCGGUGGGCUGCAGCCGAGUGAGCGAGGCGGAGGCGGGAGGUGGGUUCCGAGGGGUCCCGGGCUCCGCUCACGCAGGCCUUGCAAGUGCCAGCAGGGACUCUGGCUUUGAGCGGAGGACGGACAGGCGCCCCCACCGCGGCUGCCUCUGGACUGGGGUCGGGGCAGGAGCAUCGGGGUUGGCGAGGUGGCCGCCGUACUGGUCCGGGUGGGUGAUGAUGGGGACUCGGGCCACGGAGGCGGGAGAAGAGGCAGGAUCCCAAAUAGAUUUUGAAGUCAGAGCCUUUGGGGUGGGACCGAGACGAGUUGAGGAUGAAUCCAAGGUUUUUGACCGGAGCUGCUGGGAGGACGGAGUGUCACUUUUCCAAGCCGAGAGGGAGGAUAAGGAGCCGGCUUAGGAGGGGAAAUGGAGAGUCCGGUGAUGGGAGACGCCCCACCCGGAGCCGGCCUGGGGGCGAGCCAGGGCCCCCCCACCCCCGGGAUGACCUCGGCCGGCAGGGCCAACCCCUACAGUAUCGUGUCAUCAGAGGAGGACGGGCUGCACCUGGUCACCAUGUCGGGCGCCAACGGCUUCGGCAACGGCAAGGUGCACACGCGGCGCAGGUGCCGAAACCGCUUCGUCAAGAAGAACGGCCAGUGCAACAUUGAGUUCGCCAACAUGGAUGAGAAGUCGCAGCGCUACCUGGCCGACAUGUUCACCACGUGCGUGGACAUCCGCUGGCGCUACAUGCUGCUCAUCUUCUCGCUGGCCUUCCUCGCCUCCUGGCUGCUGUUCGGUGUCAUCUUCUGGGUCAUCGCCGUGGCCCACGGCGACCUGGAGCCGGCAGAGGGCCGCGGCCGCACGCCCUGCGUGAUGCAGGUCCACGGCUUCAUGGCGGCCUUCCUCUUCUCCAUCGAGACGCAGACCACCAUCGGCUACGGGCUGCGUUGUGUGACGGAGGAGUGCCCCGUGGCCGUCUUCAUGGUGGUGGCGCAGUCCAUCGUGGGCUGCAUCAUCGACUCCUUCAUGAUCGGCGCCAUCAUGGCCAAGAUGGCUCGGCCCAAGAAGCGGGCACAGACGCUGCUGUUCAGUCACAACGCCGUGGUGGCCCUGCGCGACGGCAAGCUCUGCCUCAUGUGGCGCGUGGGCAACCUGCGUAAGAGCCACAUCGUGGAGGCCCACGUGCGGGCCCAGCUCAUCAAGCCGAGGGUCACCGAGGAGGGCGAGUACAUCCCGCUGGACCAGAUCGACAUCGAUGUCGGCUUUGACAAGGGCCUCGACCGCAUCUUCCUCGUGUCACCCAUCACCAUCCUGCAUGAGAUCGACGAGGCCAGCCCGCUGUUUGGCAUCAGCCGGCAGGACCUGGAGACAGAUGACUUCGAGAUCGUGGUCAUCCUGGAGGGCAUGGUGGAGGCCACGGCCAUGACCACGCAGGCCCGCAGCUCCUACCUGGCCAACGAGAUCCUGUGGGGCCACCGCUUUGAGCCUGUCCUCUUUGAGGAGAAGAACCAGUACAAGAUCGACUACUCCCACUUCCACAAGACCUACGAGGUGCCCUCCACACCCCGCUGCAGCGCCAAGGACCUGGUGGAGAACAAAUUCCUGCUUCCCAGUGCCAACUCCUUCUGUUACGAGAACGAGCUGGCCUUUCUGAGCCGUGAUGAGGAGGACGAGGCAGAUGGAGACCAGGAUGGCCGCAGCCCCCAGGCCCGGCAUGACUUUGAUAGACCCCAGGCCGGUGGCGGCGGCGGCGGCGGCGGCGGCCUCGAGCAGCGGCCCUACAGACGGGAGUCAGAGAUCUGAGCCGCCAUCGGCCAACGUGCAGCAUCCGCCCCGCCAGGGAGAGGCCCGGCGUCCCGCAAGGGCCCCGGGCUUGAGCAGAACGGGCCAGGUGCCCCGGUUGCAGACUCAGUAGCGUUUUAGAUGUUUUAUGUUUCUUCACAGUGGCCUGGCAAGGUUGGCGGGAGAGUGGGCGGCCAGUGGGCUGCCCCUGGCCUCAGGGGCCAGAGCAGGUGCAGGGACAGGGAGGUGGCCUCUCGGGGUCCAGGCCAGGAGCCGGGGGCUUCUGCCUGAGGCUAGAACUGCAGCCUGCCUGGAAACGGCUCCACAGCCACCCAGCCUCUGUGGGCGAAGGCUGGCAGGCUGCAGUGCGCCUCGCUGGUUUUUAACUUGGGGAGAAACACCAGUUUUGGCUUUCUCAACCUUAGCUUGAGUAAGACUGUUUACAAAAAAAAAAAAAAUAACACGUGAUUGAAAACAAUUUACUUUGUGGGGGUUAUAAGAAAGGACAGUUAGAAUCGCACUAGUCUGCUGAGAUGGAAGCAGUCAGAUGGAGGCUCCACGAGGUUCCCUGAGGCCGAACAGGCCUCUCCUCUGCGAAGGCGGGUGUGUGCCGGGCGGCGCAUCCGCAAGGGCGAGCGCGGUGCUCACCCGUGGUUCUUCGCGCUCACGGGCGCGUUAGAUGACGUUUGCGAUAGAAAACCAAGACCAUGUGAAUGAUCGUAAUAAAAGCUUUCCGGUAGAGGUGGGGGUAGGGGCUGGGAAAAAACCAGUCUGAGCUUUUUGAGUUUGACUUUUGUACCUUAGAGGUGCGUCUCAGGGCUGGAUAUGGGAUCUGCCUGCCGUGGAGGGUCCGCUCUCCCCCCACCCGCCAGAUUUUCCUGUUUUACUUUUCUCUCCUUUUCUGCCCAGCAGCCCCCACCCCUUCCACAGUGAGGGAUACUUGGGAAACGUUGGAGGAGAUGGCCCCGUGGGAAGGGAGGCCGGGUUCCCAGACUACAAGGAAGCAGAUCAGCCCCGUUCCCACGGGACCCCAGUGAGUCGUGCCUUAGAGACCCGGGUGGGCCAGCUCCGGUUGUUUCUGCUCUUAUCGGACUCGCCCCUCCUCCCAGCCGCCCCUGACUCCACCGUGAAGUCCCCACCAGCCUGUCUGCAGAGGCUGGGCCGUCCUGGUGCUCUCUGCACGCCUGGGGCAGCACGGGCUGUACUCUGCUGCUGAACGGCAGAGGAAUCAAUCGUCUUAGAAAAGGUGUGGCAUCGUCAGCAGAGACGACUGGGGGUGGCACGUGCAACCAGGCACCCUCGUCAGGAAGGGGUUUGGGGCACUGGGCUCUGUUGGCCCAGAGCAGGCCCCUGGACCAGGAGCCGCCCAGUGUGGGCUUGCUCUUGGUGGAGGACACAGAUGGCAGAGAUGGAGCUGGGGCCCUUUCCAGGACAGCUGAGAAUGUUGUCCUCCCAGAUAACCAGGCCUGGAAGGAAGUCCUUAAUUAGAAAGCCCAUGUGUGUCUCCCCAGCCUGCCUGUCUAGGCCACUCCAAUCCGCGUCCCCCAAGACAACCAGGCACCGAGGACUCUGGCCCCAAAGUGGGGAAACAGGUAGGGUGCAAGGUCACCCAGUGAGUGGGUGGGUCCUGGGAGGCAGGGAGAGGCCGGGGGCGGGGGGGGGGGCCUGGGCUGGGGGCCCUUGCCUUUUCUCUCCUUCUCCAGCCCCCAGGGAAGCCGGAGACCUGGCCUGCAGUCAGAGGCCAUGGAGGGUCUGUGCACGAGCUGUCAGUUCCCACCCAUAGACACCCUGGGCCCGUGCCCUCAGGUGUGCCUGACUCCCAGCAUCCUGCCCUAGCCUCAGGCCCCACCCUCAUUUCUGGCUGGGAUGAUUCAGGCCGCAGAGGCAGCUCUUUCCUCUCAGGAUCUGCUGGAGGGACCUCAGCUCCUUCUCAGCCCAGGGCCUGGCUUCCAGAGCUGGUUUUCUCCAUUUGAGCCCUGGGGCUCGAGGGUGGAGUUGAUGUGGGAGGGCUUACCUGCCCACCCCCGCCCAGGUUGUCAGGGAGCCAGGGAGGGACGAGGUGGUCCUGGUCACUUGGGGCUGGCAUAGGAGCCUGCAUUCUGCUGUGCCCAGCAGCUGGAGAUCUUUCCCGGGCCGGGUGUGUCCGGCUUCCGCUCCCACCCUCCGGAGCAGGGGCCAGGGACUCUGGGUUCCCCCCAGGCCCUAGCCACCUCGGCUUGGUGCGCCUCCUCUCAGGCCUGUCCCCCUCCCGGGCCCACACCGGAUGGUUCAGCCCCAGACCCUGCGGGAGAGCAGCCCUGAUCUGCCUUUCAUCUCUUGCCAAAGGCAGAUGCUGCGUUUUCAAACUCUUCUGCCCUCUUUUUUUUCCCUCCCCUGUAUUUAUUUAUUUAUUUAUUGCUUGUGCUAAAGACCAAAAUAGUCUCCCUCUUUAGUGCACUUGAAACGGGAGGGUGGAUGGGAGGAGCCGUGUGUGUGCAGAGCAAGGAUUACGUGGUCCCUGGGAGUGUGUGCCGCGUGUGUGUGUGUGCGUGUGCGCGUGCGCGCGUGCGUGCGCACCCAUGUUUGUGCACGUGUGUGUGGCGUGUGGCGAGCACGUCAGUCCUCUGAGUGUGCCACAUGCCGUGCGUGGUGUGUGUGCUGAGCACAGGUGAGUGGGGAGCGUUUGUGCCCGUGUGUGUGGUCUGUGUGCCGUGCAAGUGUGCGUACCAAUCCGGUCCCUCCCUUGCCUUCCCCGGCACUGAGAUCUCCAAGGGGUUUCUUGACGGCCUGAACUAGGAGGUGUGGGGGUUGCAGUUGGCCCAGAAUGUGGCCUCUGACACCCUCCCGCCUGAGACAUCGAGCCGCUUGUGUGGGAAAGGGGCCGUGCUGGCAGUGUGCUCAGGAGCGUGAGUGUGUGAGCCCCGAGUGUGGGAACUGACGUGGACAAUCAUCCCAUCUCAUCUCUGUUCAAGCAGAUGUGUGCAGUCACAGCUUUGCCUGAGUGCCCGGGUGUGCGGAUUCACCCCGUCAUGGGAGCGCCGUACAGGUGUGUGCGCACGGCGAUCUCCACACGUGUGUGAAUCCGGGCUGAUGGCAUCCAUGCGGGAUGUGUACGCGUGCGUACGCAGAUACACGCAGAGACUCUUGUGUGCGUUUACCCGUAGGCGUGGUUGUGGGUGUGCGUUCCAUACGUGGGCAUUGGUUUAACUGUUAGCCGGGCUGGAAGGCUGGGGACGCGCCACCCAGGACAGAUGCCGGCUCCGGACGUGGGCACCCAGCUGAACGCGGUAGUCCUGCUGACCCCCUGCCCUGAUUGUGUCCGGAGGGGAAUGUGUGGAAUGUGCGUGCCGGAGGCUCCGAGGCAGUGUCUUCGUGUGUGCGUGAGUACAUGGCAUCCAAGGAUGGCCUAUGCGUGUGUGCAUUUGUCCCAGUGAACACGUAUGCACGUGUGGAGCAUUUGCGUGGCAGCUGGGCCAGGCUCUGUGAGCAGGGCUGGCGCCUGCCUGCUGGGGGCAGCGUGUAUGGGCACGUGUGAGCAUGUGCAGGUCCCAGGGGUGUGUGCACACGGAUGUCAGUGGAAAUGGUGUGUCUGUGCACGCUCGUGCGUGCUGCUAGGAACAUGCUGGCCGCCCCCCCGUGCCCUGCUGGUGCUGUGCCGCCCCGUCCCCGCCUGCUGAGGGUCCCGGUGGGGGCCGGGGGGGCGGGAGCGGGGGCCUGAUGGGAAGGAGGCCCCUGCACAGGGGUGUCUGCCCUGCGUGAGGUCAUAGAAUGUCAAAUCUAUUUUAAAUGGUGAAACUGGAGAAUUUUCAUGUUAUUUUCAAUACAUAGCAGUAUCUAAAGACAUAGGCCACGAGACUAGACCACAUUAAAUGCAUUUUGAUCUCUUUGA